UAUUGUAUUAACUUAAAUACAAAAAGGAAAAACAAAAAAUGGGAAAGAUAUCUUUUCUGUUUUGCUUUUGCAUUUUGGUAGCCUUUGGAUUUGCCAAUGGCGCUGAAGAAAAGGUUGAAUUUUAUGAACUUAAGAAGGGAAACAUUUCCAUGAAGCUCACUAACUGGGGUGCAUCUAUUGUCUCUUUUGUUAUUCCUGAUAAAACUGGAAAGCCAAUUGAUGUUGUUCUCGGUUAUGAUACCAUCAAGGAGUACCAAACCGACUCGACAUAUUUUGGAGCAGUCGUGGGACGUGUUGCCAAUAGAAUUGGAGGUGCUGAAUUUAAGCUAAAUGGAAAAACAUAUAAACUACCAGCCAACGAUGGCAAAAACAUGCUUCAUGGUGGCGCUAAAGGAUAUUCUGAUGUUGUCUGGAAAGUCACCAAGUACAAGAACAGUGGAAAUGCUCCUUUCAUUGUCUUUACCCAUCGCAGCUCUGAUGGUGAAGAAGGAUUCCCCGGUGCACUUCGAGUAGUUGUCACUUACACACUUCUUGCAGAUGGUCAAUUGAGCGUUUUCAUGAAAGCAAAAGGUCUUGAUGAUAAGGUAUCUCCAGUCAGUCUGGCCCAACAUACUUACUGGAACUUAGCUGGUCACAACAGUGGGAAUAUCUUGGAAGCAAAGGUUCGGAUUUUCGGACAAUUUUACACCGCGGUUGAUGAGAACCUGGUCCCAACCGGUCAACUUCUGUAUGCAAGAGGAACUGCAUAUGAUUUCACUGAACCUGAACUUAAGCCUGUCGGGAAAAGGAUUGACCUGCUUCCUAAAGGUUAUGAUAUUAACUAUGUUCUCGAUGAUUUUGAGCCCAACAAGAUAAGGCAGGUAGCAAUAGUAGAGGAUGUCAAGUCAGGAGUGAGAAUGGAGUUGGCUACAGAUGCUCCUGGCUUGCAAUUCUACACUGGUAACAUGAUCAACAAUGUCAAGGGAAAAGGUGGCGUUGUGUACCAAGCUCAUGCAGGUUUAUGCUUGGAGACUCAAUGGUACCCUGAUUUUGUUAACCACCCUGCGUUCCCUCAAUCCCUGGUGCAGCAAGGAAAGGUUUACAAGCAUCACAUGCUGUUCAAUUUCACAACCAUUUGAGAUUGUUCUGUGUUUGAUAUUUAUACAUUUAUCAAUCAAACAAUCCAAAUAUGAGUAGAACCCCAUCGGAAACUAAUUCUAUUAUAAAGUUAAAUAAUGUAUCUUGUAAAUCUUUUUUACUGAUGAAUAAUAUCCCAAUUUGAGAUCA